AUGGCCGAAUACUACGACGAAGACUAUGGUUUUGAAGAAUGCAAUGGUUUCACGUUAUUCAACAGCCUUAACUGUAAGGAUAUCUAUAGGAAAUUAGGUAUGCUACUAACGGACACAAAUGUUUGCUUGCAAAUCUUCACAGUCUUCAUUAACAUUUUACAUUUGAUCGUUCUAUUUCAAAAUGAGCUACGAUCAGGUGCAAUUUAUAUAUUAAUGAUCGGAAUUUGCGUAGCCGAUAUUAUCGGAUAUUUACUUGAUUUUUACACCGCCGCCAUACAUAGAUCUUGGAUCACAUCAGUCCCAUUUUCUUUCGACACAGUAUGCUUGCAAGCUGACUUUCUAAGUGUCAGUUUUGCUGAUCUUGUCAACAUACUCAUGCAGAUGGCACGUCAUGUUACAAUUUGGCUGGCGAUGAUGAUGGAAUCGAUAAGAACGUUAUCAGUUUAUUUUCCAAUGAGCAUUUGGAUCCAGAAGCUAACAAAACCAAAAACGACUAUAUUCAUAAUCUUUUUUGUGUUUUUGUGUUGGACACUGUUUUAUUCAUCUGAGUACUAUUCGGUGACAAUUCGAUGGUACCCGGAUAUUUUGGAUAAAAGAUGCUUUUCCUAUGAAGAGCAUGUCAACAAAACCAACUACGUUUUGGUAACUAAUACAAGUAGGCUUUCAUUUUCAAGUCACCGUAAUCAACUGGAGCCAUAUUUACGCUCAACUCCAGCCAUUUUAUAUCCUAUUCUCACAAUUAGCCUCCUUAUUCAACUAAGAAGCAUUCAGAUUAAACGACAAAAAGGUCUUCCAUCCAUUGUUAACUAUGCCCAGUUGAAGUAUAUUGCAUCUGAGCCUGAAGAUGACGAUGAGAUGAUUUUUGUAUUAGGAACUUUGGGAAUUGCACAAGUUUUCUGUCUAAACUUGCGCUCGUUGAAUGGAAGUUCUCAUGCUUUUAUAUGUUUCGCUAUGUCCUCGCAGUAUAGGGAUACUGUGAAGGAAAUUUUAUGUAUCACGCAGCAGAAGAAAGACGAAAAAAUAUUUUUCGUUUCAACAACUUCGGGCAGCUUGAAGGAUAAAAAGAAGAAAUUAACAAAGUCUGUCUGA